GUAGUUGAGAGAGAGAGAGAGACUCUGAAACAGACACAUGUACUGUAUUGUACUGUAGUUUAGUUACAUUGUUAGUUUAAUUUUGUUACACCACAACUCGGCGUUUUAGACCAUCCAUUUAGCCGCUGGAUCUCUCAAUUUCAACUCCGAGGCGAACAUCACUUGGUUUUCAGUGUUUUUAACACCAAGACGUCUGGAUCAGCUGGCAUGAGCUAAUCCGCCAGUUAUGGAAACCAAACCUUUCUCGUCACUGGGAUUCAUCAAACCCCAGUGCUCACUAGCACCACCUGUUGAGAGGGGCAGGCAUGGAGAGGCUGGGAAUUCACCCACUGUUUGCUCCUGCUACAGCGGCACGUGCCCGCUUCACCAACGCAGAAUAUCUCAAGACUCUUCACACAUGAACUCCAUCUCCUUGAGUUCUCCAAAUUCUCACCGGGGCAUGAACAUGUCCUCUCUCCACCCGUCCCUGAUUGGGACAGGGAUCAGCCCCUCCUCCCUGGGCUCCUCGGGCCAGCUGCACUCUCCCAUCAGCACUUUGAGCUCCCCCAUGAACGGGAUGGGCUCUCCCUUCUCCGUCAUCAGCUCUCCCAUGGGCCCCCACUCGAUGACCGGCCCCUCCACCCCAGGAAUGGGCUUCGGACCCAGCCUCAGCCCCCAGCCAAUCUGAAAGGCCGGAAGACUCCGGGAACAUGCUUGGUGUCUUCUUGUUCAAGACGAAUAAGAACUCCUGCCUCGCCCUCUCCUCGUCAGUGAAGGUUAAAGAGAACCUGGUCCCUGGAUUUGAAGGCAUAGUUGCGACUGCAAUUGUUACUAUUCCUUUAAAUCCAUUGGGCAGCCAUUUUGAAGUGAUAAUCCUGAAGGACACUAAAAGGUUGCGCUCUGAUGCGAUCUGUCGCCAGUUCAGAGCCAUUAAUUUGCCAUACCUAGGAGGAACAGCGAUGGCAAACCACACCAGAAACAAAGUCUACAAGAGCGCGAGUCUUCGGACGAUUUCACAGCCGCAUGACUUCUCCUUCUUAUGUACACAUUAAUAUUCCAACUGCCGUCACGCAUUCCCCUCCAAGAGGAUGUGCUCGCAAGGGACUUGUUGUCCCUGGAGCACCUAGUUGCACAGAGUUUCUAACUAUACUGGACUGGAAUACAUUUCUGUUGUGAGCUCCUAGCUUUAACCGGGGCAAAAAAAUGCAUCUCAUAAAAUGAAAGUAUAAUUUUGUUAUCCGUUGUGAAUUAAAA